CCUAAAGCCCGGGUCUUAUUUUACGGUCAAUAACUGGGGACAAACGCUAUAGCCCAACGACGCCGCCUCGACAGAGAGUCGCGUCGGAUUUACGCUGUGUGUUCCCGGGGCAACGAAACCCUACUACUCUUCUCAACCGCGGAUUCUGCAGCUCAUCAGAUGCGUACAUAAGAAACAUAGAGAUCAAUCAAACGUGGAAAUGAAAAGGGGACUUAGGUGGAGCGAUGGCGAGGAUGAUGCAUCGUCCUCCGAUGAUUCCUCAACCCUAGAUACCGAUACCGAAGAUAAUAAUGGGGUUUCGAAAUCUAGGAAGGGGGGUACGGAUGAAUCCUCGAAGCUCAAGCCUUCUCUAGCGGAUUCUGGAAAGAAGAAGAAAAAAGGGAUAGACUUUGAAGCUUUGAGUCGACAUGGAUAUAAAGGUGGGCUGUCAGUCUUGAGCGUGCCACCACCAAAGGAGCCAGAGCAGGAGCAGGACUGGUCGUGGUCGUCGGGGAAGGAAAAACAAGCAAACGAUGUAGAAGAAUCUUUUGAAGAUCGGCAGAAAACACGGGCUGCAAUAGCUGAUGGACAGCAGCUUUUAAAUGUUCAAACUCGGAAGGAGAAAAGGAAUGCCUCCUUUCAACAGAAAGAGAAGAGGAAAAGAGAUCUUGGCCAAGCAAGCAGAGGGAAGAACUAUGUUGAAGAAGAGAAGAGGUUGCUGAGAGACCGUGGGAUCUACUCUGGUUUUGACUCUUGAUCUGCAUGGUCUUGUUGGUCUGUCAUAUGAAAUUUCAGCAUUUCUGGUUUGGAAUUAGUGUGCUGUUAAGGAUCUGGAGUUGGCGACAAUUUGCUGUGUAAAAUUGCAAAAUUUGCUCUUGGUCGGAGCUCUUAAUGUCCCCGCAGGUUGGAAGCGAACUUUGUGUUCCCCACCACGAAUUUAAAUGUAUUAUCAACUAUUCGGUGA